CUCGGACUCUAGCUUCCAACCUGUUUCGAGCGACUCGAAGUAGGUUGGAGUGGCUCAAUGAACACCAAAAGCUGACUCGCAAGUGGUUGCAACCAAGUUCGAGCAGCUCGUUGAACACAGCUAAUGUUUAACAUGCAGUAAACUAAAUUUAGUGGUAGGAUAACAUAUUUAAAACAUCAAGGAUCAUAAUGCCUAAAAAGUGUGCUGUUGUCGGCUGUACCACCAACCGGCAUCACUACGAGCUGGGAAUACGAUUCUAUCACAUCCCGCGGGAAGACGACGACCUGAAAGUACGCUGGCUGAAUGCGAUCGGGCGCACUACCGAAUGGAAGAUUCCCAGUGUUCCGAUUGUUUGCGAAAAGCACUUCACUCCCGACCAGAAAGUUUCCGCACGAAAUUUGGCGCCCAAUGUUGUGCCUACGCUUAAUUUACCCUCCCCGGAAGAGUUAGAACCUCCAGAACUACCUCUUCUCAAGAAAGCCAAACGCCGGGCCAGCAUUGAAACGAAAAGACAGCCAGCUACACAACGAACGGUUCAGGAACCGGAAAUGGUGUUUGUGCCUACAGCAGAAGAGGAAGUACUUCCCUUCGAAAGCUGUUGUCGCUUCUGCUCCGACGAGCUGAAGGUGGCCGAAGGAUUCUCAAUCGCCAAUGUAAGGCACUCUAAUUUGGUUCGGGAUGCGAUAUGGAAUCUGUGUUGGCCUCAGGAAGAGCCAACAGAUGAGAACGGCGACUCAAAGAUAUGCAACGUGUGUUGGGUGAAAAUGCAAGAAUUUGACCAUUUCGUUACGAUUUGUCAUCAGCAGCAGGAGCAACUGGCGACGGAAUCCAUAGCAGAACUGUCCAGUUCAAUUAAACACUCCGAUGAGCAGGUUCCAGAAGAUUCAGAGAUGUGUUCGCCCAACGAAGCGAGUUUUUACGAAAAUGAUACAUCCACCGAUCUGAAAGAUUUCGACCGCCAACCAGAGUAUGCUGAAGAGAGAAACUCGGAAUUACCACCACUUGAAGGAUUGACGAUUGAUGAAAUGCUUGAAGUUUUGGAUAAAAUUCCUGCCCCACGGAAAAAGUAUGAUCAACUGAAUGAAGAUGAGGAAUGUUGGGAUUGUGGAAGAAUGUUUCCCAACCGAAGUCAAAAGAAGCAACAUCGUAAAACUUGCUCGGCGAUAGGCACAUCGGAGUCGCUAAGGAAUAAAAGCCAUACAUGUGAGAUUUGUGGCAAGCAGUUGGAUUCCCGGAUUGGUUAUCGGAUGCAUCUGCAGAAAAUCCACAAAAACGACUCACUGGAUGCGGAAAAUGGUUCGGAAGAGUUGAAACGGCUGAUGUCGAAAAAACGCUUGAUGUGCCCUUUGUGUCCCGAUCGAUUCGAGCAGUUGCACAUGUUGAAGUAUCAUUUGAAAACGCACAAGACAAAAUCGAUGGACAGCGCCAAGGCCUUGAGACGUAAAAGGGACGCCAACAGCGUUUAUAACUAUUGUAAGCUAUGUAAUAAGACGUUCCAAAAUCCAUCGUAUCUUGAUCUGCACAUGAAGUUUCAUAAACGGGAACGGGACUUUGUGUGCGAUCAAUGUGAUAAACAAUUCUUCAUCGCCCAAGAUCUCAAACAUCAUAAAAUGGCACUCCAUGAAAGGCAUACGAUUCUCUGCGGUGAGUGUGGCAAGACGUUUGGAACGAUGCGUUACUUUAAGCGGCACAUGCUCAGCCAUAGUACCGAUCCUGACUCAAAACCUUUCAAGUGUUCCUUAUGUACGGAGUCGUAUCACUCAGCUGCGAAACUUAGGGACCAUAUGACCCGACACACCGGGGAAAAGAUACAUCAAUGCGAGCUGUGUGACCAGGCGUUCCGAUUUCGGCACCAAUUGACACGGCAUAAGAUUAGCAAGCAUGGUAUGCAGUUGGAUAGACUUCAACUGAUGGAUACCCGGGAAGAACUCUCUUUCAUAGAAGACCAAGCGACUGACAGUGGCAUCGGGCAACUUGAUUAUUCAGUAAAUGUCGUAGAUUGAUUUGUCCUCGAUAAAAAUUAAUAAGGGUAAUACAAUCCAAGUUCCAACAUUGGACGUGAGUUG